AUGUCUACACAAACUGGUGAAAUACCACUAAUAUCGGAAUAUCAACGCUACCGUGAUUUCCACGAGGAGUCAUACAGUGUAGGGGUUGUGGAUGAUGACGGCGCGGUGCUCUAUGAAGAACCUUAUGGCAGCCUUCUAAAUACUAUUGUGCAACAUAACGACGUGACUAAGUUAGCACAAUAUCUCGAAAAUGACGCCAAUGCUACCCAUGGCCAUGUCGAGGUAUACUACUGGGAUCCAUUAUACGUUGCUGCGAAUUCUGGGAGUACUGAGGCUCUAAACAUGCUUCUUAAGCAUCAUGAGAAUCAUUUAACCGAUACUAACAUGAUUCCACUUCAUCUACGACAAUUCCGGCUGCUUCAUGUGGCGUGUUUAAGCGCUCGGGUUGAGACGGCUCUAUUUCUUUUGGAUACCCAACCUGCCCUGGCGACCCUCCACGCCAAGGCCGAUUUUUGGAACUGGGAUAUGGGUUGUGGUACCCCAUUGCUUUCAGCUGCAUAUUCCUUCACUAGUUUGCCUUCUGGCUCCGAUGAAGAUGACUCUACAAUUUGUGCCCAACAUGCCCGCUCUGAAGACCUUAUGAAUCAAUUGCUGGAUAGAGGAGCUUCCGCUCGAGAUUCUUUGAUGUCUUCGCUUAGGAAAGAACAAAUCUCAGACACAGUCCUCAGUCUAGCUAUUUCUAGGGCCAGUUAUGGGUUAUUAAAACGACUCAUUAUCGAGGGAGCUGAUGUGCACACCAAAACCGCGCACGAGGCACAUUUCUUUUUAAACCAGCCCGAUGAGAAUAUAGCAAAGAGUAUUACUCCACUUCAUCUUGCGAGUUUUUAUGCAAACAGUAAUGGUAUCCGGGCCUUGUUUGAUUAUCUUGGGGAUAAAUUCACUGUUGCACAAAUGGUCUUGUCCAGCGAUAGCGCUGGUCGCCUGCCACUUCAUUGGGCUGCGCGAGGAGCUGAUAACACGGCACAUCACUAUAUGCUUCCUCGCAACGAAAUUGUUCCACAUGUAACCAAAACCAUCAAGUUAUUAUUGUCCAUCGAUCAAGAGACUGUCCAUGCUCGAGACCAUCAAGGAUUUAAUGCCUUGUGGUAUACAGUCCGUGGUUUCAGAGAAUCCAUUAACAAUCAUUUUGCCGUUCUAAAGACCUUAUUUGAUUAUAGACCAGAUGGAAGUAUACGCGAUCAAGAGGGUAGCAAUAUGUUGCAUUUAUUAGCGUUCACACAGAACGGUGAAGCCACAGACCCAGCGAUAAUAGAAGCACUGGUAGCCUAUGGUGCUAACGUCAACGAUGUUGAUGCACGUGGAAAUACUCCGCUCAACCAAAUGGCGAUGAACCUGCGUCAAGUCGCAGCCGUACGUGCUCUGCUCGACGGUGGUGCCAGCGUGGCGGUCAAAAAUUUAAGAGGUGAUACACCGCUGCACCAGUCAGCACAGGGCAGGGUGUUCCCCUACAGACAGGAGCCACCCAAUAUUGAAUGGCAUGGUGUUUCGCUGGAUGAUAAAAUCAAGGCACAAGACGAAAUGAUGAAAGUGCUGGAAGAAGCCAGUGAUGGACUUAACUUGAUGAAAGAAAGAAAUGUAGACGGCAAGACAGCUCAGCAGCUAAAGGAGGAAACACGAAGCAAGUGGCGUCUAGAAGAGUCGGAACGAUUAAGUCGCAUGUCAUCGUAUCAGUUAUGA